AUGGCGCCCUGUGUGUGCACCCAGAAGUCACUGUACAUGCUACCCUCUGAUGUUUUCGCCUCCAUCCUUGCUGAUGUCACCAAGCAGAGCCCUUCGAUGAAGGGCAUGAAAACAAGGUCAUCCCACGGCACCGAGAUGGCAUUUACUUGGAGGUCUUGUGCCACCGGGUGGAGGCACAUGAUAGAAGACAGAAUCCCUGAGAAGAGGGGUAAACGCAACAAGGAUUUCCAGCGGACUGGAGAUCUCCAGAGCCACCCGGCGUCUCCCGCUCCCACCUCAGUCUCCGGCUUUUCCAAGUUCAGCCAAGAGGCGGGUCGAGCCAGGAAGCACGGAUUGGGGCACCGGACCUGGGUCAGGGCACGCAGGUGGGACGGACUGUCCCGGGGUCGCAGCCACGUCUUCCUCCUAGGUCCGGUCAUUCAUUCCCACCCGCGCUCCCUCCGCAGACACCCCGCGCCACUGUCCGGCACCAGACCGCCAGAGGCGGCGAACCCCCUUUCCAAACUAGGUCGCACCUCUCUUUCUGCCAGGUCCCCAUCAUCCUCCCGUUCCUCCCCCCACACACACACCCAACUGCCUUCCGUGGACAGCGGGCGGCCAAAGCUGUGUCCAGACCGUAACUCCCGUCCCGCUCCUCCCGGCGCCCCGGAGCUGUGCGCAGCCCCAGACACAAAGGCGGGGACUGAGCCCAGAGCCCGCACCCCAGCCUCCACGCUCGGCGCCGCCACUCACCCCAUCCAAGCGGCGGCCUCAGCUCCCGGCCCCGCUGGCCGUUCCUCCCGCCGCUUCCCCAGGAAAGCGCGGCUGCCGGGCUCGCUUCCUGCUCAGCUUCCUGCGCUGGGUCCCUCCUCCUCCUCCUUCUCCUCCUUCUCCUCCUCCUCCUCCCGCCGCGGGGUCAGUGGGCGCUCAGCUCCUGGGCUCCGCCGGCAGGGCGGGGGCAACGGCAGCACCACCACGUGGCCGCCGGGCGCCGGCCCCCGACCUGGAUCCCGUGGGCUCCAGGAGGGAGGUGCUAGCCACUCCCACCCCGCGCGGCCCCAAAUUCCCGGAGUCAGGUGACCUGGCCCCGGAGCUGCUCCCGGGACCUGCGAGAAGUGCUCUCCGACCGCCCACGCCCACGCCCCGGCCCGCGGCGCGUCCGGGACGUCCACGCUCGCUUUUGAUUUCUGCGGAUCUCCGGAAUCCCUCCGUGUGGAUCUGUCUCACACCUUAACUUGAAAAAUGCUAACUGAGCUCAGGCUUUGAAUAUGUCUGAGACUGUAAAUGGGCUGCCAAAAUGAAGUGAGCACCUGCUAUCAAAAGUCUAUUAAAAUCUGAUGGGAUGAACAGGUUGCAUGGUAGGUAUAAAUUUUUUGUAGCCUAUUUUUAUUAAGGGUUUAAGCUUUCCUCUAGCCCACCACCCAACAGAGGUAGUGGAAGAGAAAGGUUAUUAGGAUGUGGAGAGAGUGGACCUGUUUAGCAAUAGUUUUUUGGGGUGCAAGCCUUUCUUUGGCAGUGUUCAGUCCUGUAGCA